UCGGUUUGAGUAUUUAUAAUCAUCUAGAAUGAACAUUGUUGAAGUCGAAUUGCAAUAUUUGAAAGCUAAACAUAAAUACAUUUAUGUUUAGUUAAAAACACAUAUUUUGAACACUCAAAACACAUUUAGCAAUGAGUAAUGUUGAUGAUAUUGUUGUUGAUCAGCCUCCCCUUAAAUUUGAGAAAAUUCCGGAAAGUGAUGAAGAGCUUUGCAAACGACUGGAGAUAGAGGAAUUUAUAAAACAGAGCGUCGAAAAUAAUUUUCCUAUGGAACAGCUGGUAAAGUUGUCCUUGUCGCCUCACGGUUUGGUCAAUGACCAUUUACGCAAAAUUUUGUGGCCCCAACUGGCGGGAGUCGACGUAAAUGAUUUAGAAAGAGCCCCAACUGUUGAUGAGUUGCAAUGCCAUCCUGAGUACAAUCAAGUGGUGUUGGACGUUAAUCGUUCUUUAAAGCGUUUCCCACCUGGCAUUCCCUAUGAUCAACGCAUUGCACUGCAAGACCAACUUACUGUGCUUAUAUUACGAGUUAUUCAGAAAUACCCCAAUUUACGAUACUAUCAAGGCUAUCACGAUGUGGCAGUCACGUUUUUGUUGGUGGUUGGUGAAGAAAUCGCUUAUGCCAUUAUGGAGCAGCUCUCCACGACCCAUUUUUCCGAAUGUAUGCAGGAGACAAUGGAGGCCACCCAAAGACGUCUCAUGUUUGUAUGGCCCAUCAUAAAGUUUGAAAACGCAGAGCUUUAUAAGUUCUUGCAAAGCUCGGCGGUAGGGACUUUGUUCGCCUUGCCCUGGUAUUUAACAUGGUUUGGACAUAGUUUAAAUUCCUACAAAUCCGUAGUUCGAUUAUAUGACUAUUUCUUAGCAUCACCUAUUUAUUCACCAAUUUUCGUAACAGCAGCGAUUCUGUUGUAUCGUUCAAAAGAUAUACUAAAGGAGGACUGUGAUAUGGCAUCAGUUCAUUGCCUUUUGUCAAAGCUGCCGGAAGAUUUACCUUUUGAAGAGUUACUAAAAACUUCUAGUAAUCUUUUAAAAAAGUACAGCUUAACAGUUAUAGAGAAAGAUGUUGAUGAGCUCAUUAACCAAGAGAGAGAACAGCUCAAGGCCCAAGAAAGUAUGACACGGAAGCGACAGCGAAAAAGGCCAGACAUAGAAAACCGAAUUUUUAGCAUAAGCCAAUGGGUUCCAAAUAUGUUGACUUCAAAGUCAAUUCUAUUCACAAGUGCUGUUUCCAUUGUAGUAGGCGUAUGUGCAUAUUAUUACAAAAAUCAGUAUUUUUCGGCAGGUAUUAGCUGAGUAUUAACUGCAUGUCUUCGUGUAAAUAUGUUUUACAUAUUGCGAUUUGAACCUAUUGUACCCAAAUUAAGUUUUAUAGUAGAGGUUCGCUAUUAGUAAAUUAUGUUAUUAAUUUUAAACUUAUAAACCAAAUCGUAAAAAUGUUUUAUAUAUAUUUAAUUAUAAAAAUAAUGUUAUAAAAGAAAUAAUAUAAAAAAGUG